CCAAGCCCAACUCUCCCCGAUGUACAUGAAAUUGAUAUUAAACUAACCCCCUUCCGAAAACCUACUUUUAUAUACAACGAAGUACCCAUAUUCCUGUCCUGUAUACCAGAACUGCUGCUGCUGCUAUACAUAUAGUCCCAAGAAAAAUGAUGGUGUCUUCCAAUCUCAGUGAUUCCCAGGCGGAAAAAGAUGAAAGCAGCAGCAGCAACCCAUAUCUCAGCAUCUAUGGCCCCGAGGCAAAAGCAGAUGUUGUCUUUAAGAUUCCAGAAGCAGACUCCUCUUUGAACUUCCAAGACAUGCAAGGACUUGUCAACUGGGUGCUUGCUGAGGGGUUCAUGCCGUCCUGGAUUUUUAUAAAAAACAAACCCCUGAUUCCGAAAGUGGUUAUGCUUUAUGUCCCUGGCCUUGAUGCGGGUCUCUACUUGUCCCAGUCUAAGUUGCUCCACAGUUUUAAAGAAUUCUGUGGAAUUCCAAGGGCAGUAUUAGCUCUGAGCUGUAUAGCAGAUGGAAUGCAGACUAUAGAUGCUCUUCUUACCUGUAAGGUAAAAAGAAAAAGGGACAAUGCUGAGUCAGUUAAUAAACCUAUUCAGAGACUUGAUCAAGGAACUUCUAAUUCUGGUGUAAACAAUCUAACCUUUGGCGAUCUCCCAAAAAAAUUACUAUUUCCCCUGUCAUAUUAUACACUCACAGAGAAGGAACUAGAAGAUAACGGUUACUGCAUAAGUCAACCAGAUUUUGUUUCGACUCUUUCCUCUCCUUCAGGAGUUCCUAAGCACAAAAUGUUAGCACUUGAUUGUGAAAUGUGUAUCACGAAAGAGGGUUUCGAGCUGACGAGAGUAACAAUGGUGGAUAUUAAAGGACAGGUCUUAUUGGAUAAAUUGGUAAAACCGUCAAACCCGAUUAUGGAUUAUAACACCAGGUACAGCGGCAUCACACAUGAGAUGCUAGAUCCGGUGACCAUUACCCUCAAAGAUAUUCAGGAAGAUUUUGUACAGCUUGUACACAAAGAAACCAUCUUGGUUGGGCAUUCAUUGGAAAAUGAUUUGCUAGCACUUAAAAUAUCUCACCAUCUUGUGAUAGAUACAGCUGUAUUGUACAAGCAUUCACGUGGUGGCACUUCUACUUAUAAGAUAUCACUCCGUGUGCUCACUCGAAAAUUUCUUGCCAGAGAGAUACAGAACUCAAAUUGUGGACAUGAUAGUGUUGAAGAUGCAAGAGCUACUAUGGAACUAGCACUGCUGAAAAUAAGACAUGGACCGGACUUUGGUGCCCCUCCGUCAUUCAUGCGAAAGAAACUGCUUACAGUAUUAGGUGAAUGCGGCAAGACAUCGUCUGUUAUUGACAAUAUAUCUGUAGUGAAGCGAUAUGCAUCCGAGUCAUCCAAUGCAAUACCAAUAUCAUCUGACGAUGAGGCUCUUACAAAAGCAAAAAAAGAGGUAAAUAAUGAAAAAGUGCAUUUUGUCUGGGCACAAUUCUCGGAAUUAUAUACCAUUCUGAAGAAGCAAGCAGAGGAUGAUGACAAGUUGAAGGAAAAGCUGGCAAAUAUGAUUUCAUUGCUCACUUGUAAAAAAAUUCCGACAAGGAAAAAAUGCAUCACUUACAAGAUAACCUCUGAAAUAAAGGAUGUCCUUCACCGAUUAAAUGCCCGAGUCAAAACUUUGUGCUCCAGUUUACCUGCUAAUACUAUGCUUAUCAUCUGCACUGGUCAUGGGGACACUGCAGUCGUCCAGAGAUUGAGGAGAAUGCUAACACAACAAGUGGAAAUUCCUGCAUCCCGUGAGCACCUUGUUAAAGUUUUGGAAGAGCUGCAAGCCCAAGCUGAAGUAGGUUUGUGUUUUGUUGGUGUAAAGCACUAAAUACAAAAGUAAAAUCAGUCGUAAUCCUGUUCUGGCAAUUUUUGUUUUAUGUGAAAGGCAAGCAAUUUCAAGACCAAUCAUCUUUGUACAGAUAAAAACCGUAAUUUAAGUGUCUACAUAGGUAGGUUGCGGAAAUUUUGACCUUAGAGAUGAGUAUCCGAUGUGUUCUAUGGUUCAGUUAAUCUGCUGCUUCAGUUUCUUGUUUUUCCAAGAUGUUCUUAAAUCUAACUGAACCAUGCAGUCUGCACUCUCUGUAUACAGAAAAAUGGGUUAAUAGUGAGAUCAACUUGAGCGUUGGAA